AUGACACAUGACUAUGAAGAACGAAAACCAUUACUUCAAGACAUGGAUUCGUUGUACAUUAAUAAUAACGAUCGUCUUUUUAACGAGCGCAGAACAACUUCGUUGAUGAAUAUGAGUAAUGAAAAGUGUGAAAUCCACCGAAACUCAUCACAGCUCGAAUCAUCACAAUCAUCAUGGACUCGAUGGGCACAUGUAGUAUUUUGGUGGUGGCUCAAUCCGCUUCUUCGUUUAGGUCACAAGCAAAUACUUACCGAUGAGGAUCUUGAAGAUUUGCCUCUUCAGGAGAAAUGUUUACUUUCGUUUCAAAAGUUGAUUAUGUACGAUUGGUCAACUACAACAACGACGUGGCGUAUAGUUUUAAGCGCAUUUAGAAAUGAGACGCUCCUCGUUGGUCUUAUUCUCGUGCCAUUCCUUAUCGUUCGUCUGCUACAGCCGUUAUUUUUACGUAACAUAAUACAACAAAUAAGUUCAAUGGAAUCUACUUCACUGGAUUUGAAAUCAAUCAGCAUUUCCGUAGUUGGAUUAAUAUUGUGUACAAUUAUAUAUGCAAUGGUUUUCCAACAAUUUUUCUUUCGCUCAGCUCUAUUAGGACGUCGCAUUCGACAUGCGCUGUCAUCGAUUAUUUAUCAACAUGUGCUCACGACUCAAACAUCAGCAAUUCAAAAAACAACUUCGGCUCAAAUAAUCAAUUUAUUAUCUGAUGACAUCAGUAAAUUCGACGAACUAUGGACUGAUGGACAUUUUCUAUGGGUCGGACCUCUAGAGACUUUAUUUACAUUUCUUAUUUUGUGGUGGAUUGUCGGCUUACUGCCAACAAUUUGCAGUGUUAUAACGGCUCUUCUAUUAAUCCCAGUACAGUUCGUGCUUAGUCGAUUAUUCGCCCGCUAUCGUGCCGAGAAAAUGUCACAUGCGGACAAGCGUCUCCAAGUAUUUAGUGAAAUUCUUCAUGGCUGCCAACUUAUUAAGAUAUAUAAUUGGGAAAAACCGAUGGAGAAAAGAGUGGCUGAUAUGCGUCAACAUGAAUUAGGUACUAUAAAACGUGCAAACCAUUUACGAGCAAUUAAUGAAUGUCUAUUUUUCUCUUCGCCGUGUUUGUUCAGUUGUGUCAUUUUUCUUAGUCUUUGGUUUCUUGGUUAUCGUUUGAAUGCAGCAGAUGUCUUUGUUACUCUGAAUUAUUUUAUUCAAUUAAGAUUUUCCCUGUUUCGAUUGCUUCCAUUGAAUAUUCAACAGUUGAGUAAUGUGUCAGUUGCGUCGAAACGUAUUGAUUCAUUUAUGAAACUUGAAAAAGUUCAAUAUCAAAACUCAAUGUUAAAUGUAAGCGUAGAUAAAAGCGAAAAUGACAUCAUUGUUUUAUGUAAUGCCUCAUUUUCGUGGGGAAAUGAUCAGACUGAUCUAUCAUCCCUUAAUAUACACAUAGAAUCUGGUCAAUUAGUUGGUAUCAUUGGAUCUGUCGGUGCUGGAAAAUCAUCGCUAUUUGCCGCUCUGCUCAGUGAAAUGAAACAGAUCGGUGGACAGAUGCAAGUGAAUGGCUCGGUUUCCUAUGCUGCCCAGUCUCCUUGGAUAUUUGCUGACACCAUUCGUGCUAACAUCCUACUCGGCAAGGAGAUGGAUGAGAAACGGUAUACGUCUGUCGUACGCGCAUGUUGUCUCGAUAUCGAUUUUAAAGCAUUAGGAAAUGCUGGCGAUUUGACAGUCGUGGGAGAGAGAGGGGUUAAUCUAAGUGGUGGACAAAAGGCACGUGUUUCGCUGGCACGAGCAAUCUACGUCGACGCCGAUAUUUAUCUGUUCGAUGAUCCACUUUCAGCUGUUGAUCCAAAAGUAGCCGAACAAAUCUUCAAUGCUUGCAUCAGUUCUCAAGGACUUCUGAGUAAGAAAACACGACUAUUGAUAACUCAUCAAAGACGCUUUGUAGCUGCAUCCGAUAUAUCAGUUUUACUUGUUGAUGGUCAUAUUGAAGCACAAGGUCCUUNAGUUUUUAAAUGUUGA